AAGUAUAAAUUACCAGGAAACGCAAUCGGCUUUACCUUGACUUUCAAAGACCAUAAAUCUAAGAUGAAAGUUGCAUGUCUACAGUUUAAUCAAAUUAUCGGUGAAGUUGAAAGAAAUCAAAAUUUCGCGUCUAAGUUGCUGGAAAAAUAUCAACCAGGUGAUAUUGACAUUCUAGUUCUUUCGGAAAUGGCCUUUACCGGUUACGUUUUCAAAGAUAAGGACCAUAUUAAGCCAUAUUUAGAAGACUCUGAGACAGGAACUUCAGUUCAAUGGGCCAAAGAUCAAGCUAUUAGAUUACGUGCAUUUGUCGUAGUCGGAUAUCCACAAAUUGUAAAAGGAAAUCCAGACAGAUACUAUAAUAGUAUAUGUUUUAUUGAUCCGUAUGGUAAACUUAUUGAAACAUAUCAGAAGUCUCACUUGUUUUCAACAGAUGAAAGUUGGGCUGAAGAAGGUCCUGGAUUCAAAUCAAUAAAUGUUCCUAAUCUGGGAAAGAUCGGUCUCGGUAUUUGCAUGGAUAUCAAUCCGUAUCAAUUCAAAGCUAGUUUUAAAGAUUUUGAAUUCGCCAAUUAUCAUUUUCGGCAACAAACCGAUAUUAUAUUAUGUUCGAUGGCAUGGCUUCAAUCUUCUUGUGAUGAAUCACAACCUCAUGAUAAUGAUGAACCAAGCCAUUCUACUAUAGAUUAUUGGUGUAGUCGAUUAUUACCUUAUUUUACUGAUUCAGAAGAAUAUUAUAACGUUUUUCCGCAAAAUUCAGAACCAAAACGCAAUGUAUUAUUUGUUGCAUGUAAUCGUACAGGAACCGAAAAUGGUUCAUGUUUUGCUGGAAGUAGUAGCGUUAUAAUAUUAUCUCCUAAGCGUCCAAUUAUACUGCGUUCAUUGAAAUCUAAAGAAGAAGCAGUUAUGGUAGUUGACGUACCAUCGCUAUAAUCUCGUAUUAUAUUCGAUGUUCGUAUUUUUUAUUUCCGAAAUAACAAUUGAUUUGAAGAUAUUUUCCUAUUUUUCUUACCUACCUGUUCUGUCGAACUAAUGUGUUUUUUUCACAUCAUAAUUUUUCUUCAUUAAUUUAUCCUUGCAAUGUUAAUAUAUUUGAUCCUCUACGUUACAAUUUACAAUUUCUUUAUACGAACUUUUUUUUCCCGCAAUAUUUGACAUAAAUGCAUAGUAUAACUAGAAUUUUAAAUAUACCUUUACAAUAUUUUUCCUUCUCGUAGUUUAUUCUAUCAUCUUAUUAAACUUACGCCAGAUUUUUCCAUUUUGAUAAUUUUCAAUGAUCUUAAAACUUUCAGAUUCGCUUCUCCUGUUACACCAGUGAUUUUUAAUCCCAUAUUCACCAUUUGAAUAGUGGUCAAAGGAGGACUAAACGAGUGUUAGAUAUAUAAUAAUAUAUUAAAAAAGUAUACUAAA